CAUCUAAGAAAGUAGCUUGGGUGAAGGAAAACAUUGCUGCAGCCACUGCGGUUGUUUGAAAAUCCACAUGACACAACUUAGAGCACUCACUGCUCUGCUCAGACCGAGGAAAUUCCAUCAACAUUCAGUAGACAAAUAACCUCCUCUAUUGCUGAAACCCAAGAUCUGACAUUUAAGAUCAUGUUGGAGGGUCAAUGGUCUGAAGCUUUGCGUGCUAACAAAAUCAGAACUAUCUUUCACUGGCUGAAGAACCUGAAUAUUAAAGGUGAUGCAUGUUUGGAGGAACAUCUACAAACCUUCGGCUCCUGGCUACAGAGGACAUCAGAAUUCACAAAAAAGGAAUUGUUAACCUUGUGUUUCAGUCGUUGUCAGGGUGUGUGGAUGUUCCUGGAUCGGAGCUCCUUCACUGAAGUACACAUCUUGCUCCAGAGGCUACAGAACCUCCUCAUCUUGGUUCAGUGGUUGAGAAAACAACAAGGUUUGAAGGCUCCAUGUAUGAUCUGCAGGGACGCACAGCACUCAUCGAAUGGCAGACAUGCCUGUUGGAACCAAGAGCUCUGCACUCUGAAACAACACAUUUGGCUGGGUCGGCUGGUUCAGUGGUGGGGCAUUAUGGGGCUUCUGCCCAGGUUACCUGAAGCCCAAGAACUGAAACGUAUCUCUCAGAUGUGGAAGGAAAUGGAACUCAGCCAUCAGGAAAUGUGUCUUAAAACUGUUGGGUGGAAUAAGAGAGAGAUGGAAAGAUGUGGCUUUUUGAUCAAGGGCAUGGUGAUGCAGCUGUCCAAAAGACAUGGGUGUAUAUGGACUUCUGAAGACUGCACAGAUCAAUGCUACCCUCCACCUUCUCUUCACUCACUUCUGAAGCUUGUCUUGGUUCCUUGUAUUGACAACAUGUUGGUCCAGGGUAUUCUAUUAUACUUCAUCCUGGAUGUGGCUAACUUCCUACAGUGCAAAGACAACCUUCUGCAGUCUUUUUGCCAUGCUUUCACAAUCCCUCACAGAUUUUCCCAUCAAAUCAAAGCCUUCUGGAUGUUUGAUCAUGGGCGCACAAAGGCCUCCAUGGAGCUCUUGUUGAGUCCCAAAGCUGCUGUCCCUCAAUUCUCCUGGCAACAUCGAUGCAUUAUCAUCUCUCUGCUGAAAAGCAAGCAGCACCACAUGGCACUGAAGUAUCUCCAGUGGACAAAACCUCUCAUAGAAACCAUAGAGGAUGCAAAACUUUGUGCAGAAGUGUUUCUUCUAAGCAGUUGUCUGUCUGAUGCUUGGGCUUUGUUGAAAAGAAGCCACACAGAAAAUGAGGAUAUGGUCAUGUACUUCCUCCAGGCCUGUAAAGGUGUGAAUCUACAUGUUGAAGCUGUAAAAUACAUUUGCCAUGGAUGCCACGGUGAAGAAGACUGCAGCAAAGUUGAAGUAUGUAUCUUGCAGCAGAAGAAUAAAGAUUGUUUUAGUGAAAUGAUACCCAGCCCACUGUCUGCUACACUGUAUCAGAAUCAGGCGGAGAGAACGUCUUCAGAGGAACUGGUCAAACUGGUCAUGAAGGCUGUGACAGAAGUGAGAAAACCAAAUCCCAGCAUAAGUGAGGUUGUGUGGCCAAAGAAACCAAAGAGAAAAUCAAACAGCAGAGAAAUAUUUCUGUCAGUGCAGGCUAUGCGCCGCCUCACUCCAAGCCCAUUCUCAAUGGAAGCUGUGAAAGAAACCGAACAAACAGCAAAUACAGAGGAUGGCCAAGGGGAACACUGUGCUCUCCAUUCUAAUCAAUCUGAAACACCGGAUAUUCUGACUUCUGAGAAUCAAAGCACCAUAACUUUGCAGAGGAUUUCAGCUUUUCUCACUGAUCAGGAGAUCCAAACUAAAGAAGAUGAUGAAGACGAUGAGGACAAUUUCACCUCAGUGGAUGAUUCUUUGCCACAAUGCUGGGAGCCAAAACUGUCACCAGAUGGCGCCACAGAACAACUUUCCCUCUGUGACUUAGAUAAAAGUUUAAAGUCCCAAGAUAAAGUAACAGCUUAUGUUUUGCAAGGUGGAGAAAAUGACAGGAAGUACACACCAGGAGAGCAAGUUGCUGAUGAUUCUCCCAAAAUGGCCACUUCAGGCUCCCACAAAAGGGAAGACCAGUCAGAUGGUUUUCUGGUGAUAUCAGCAGACCAGAAAGGGGAUGAGCACCACCAGCAAAAGGAAGCUCUGGGAUGUGGCAUUCAAGACUUCUCCAGUACACCAUCAACAACCCUCCAAGAUCCAGUGACUGACCUGAACCAAAGGUUGGUUUCAGAGGACAACACUGGCCCACCAACAAUUGAUAACACCACGUCUUCCUGUCUGCUUGGCCCCUCAUUCACCAACAGACUGGCCAACGUCACUGAUUUCUCUGCAAAGCAAACAGAUGACAAACAGGCAGAAGGAAAGGAGCUUGCAGGUUGGAAAGGGAAGGCUCCACAACAAAGAGUCAUGAGUGGAAGAACACAAUCCAGAAAAGGCAAACGAGUGAAGAGAACAUGAUGAAAAUAAUGCAUGAAAAAAAGAGUUUUUUGAAGACAUGAAUCUCGUUUAUAUAUCAUGAACUCACACUCUGUAACACUGACCGAUCAACUAAACAUUGGACAUACCAGCAACAUGCAGUACAUAUUUUCUUGAAUGUUUCUCAGAACUAUAUCUG